CCGAGCCCAGGGUGUUGGAAGGAGCCCAUGCUGGAAUCCCCGAGAGGUGGCGUCAGGACGGUGUGCCUGGGCCGCCCUGCCCAGCAGCAGAGCAUGUCCCAGCUGGACUUGGAGGAGCUGGCCGAAAUAGAGCUGCAGAGAAAUGAAGAGGAAGCAGCCGCUCUGAGCAUAGUGAGGAGGCCAUCGGCAGUGCCCGCGGCUGCCCAGGACCCUGCGCUAAGCAUGAAUCACCCCUUCUACGACGUGGCCAGGCACGGCAUCCUGCAGGUGGCAGGUGGGGACGACCGCUUCGGAAGACGAGUCAUCACCUUCAGCUGUUGCCGGAUGCCCCCCUCCCACGAGCUCAACCAUAGGCGUCUGCUGGAGUACUUGAAGUACACGCUGGACCAGUACGUGGGGAGUGACUACACCGUCGUCUACUUCCAUUACGGCCUCAACAGCCGGAGUAAGCCGUCGCCGGGCUGGCUGCAGAGUGCCUGCAAGGAGUUUGACAGGAGGUACAAGAAGAACUUGAAGGCGCUGUACGUCGUGCACCCCACCAACUUCAUCAAGGUCCUGUGGACCAUCUUCAAACCGCUCAUCAGUCAUAAGUUUGGGAAAAAAGUCGUCUAUCUCAACGGCUUGAGCGAGCUCCGCGAACACCUCAAGUACGACCAUCUGAUCGUCCCCCUGGAGGUUCUGCGGUAUGAUGAAAAGCUCCGGAACCUGCACGAGGGCAGGUCGCCCCCUCCUGCCAAGAUGCCGCCGCCGCGGCCCCCUCUGCCCACCCAGCAGUUUGGUGUCAGUCUGCAAUACCUCAAGGACAAAAAUCAAGGGGAGCUCAUCCCUCCUGUGCUGAGGUUCACGGUGACGUACCUGAGAGAGAAAGGACUCCGCACUGAGGGCCUGUUCCGGAGAUCGGCCAGCGUCCACACCAUCCGCGAGAUCCAGCGGCUCUACAAUCAAGGGAAGCCGGUGAACUUUGAUGACUCUGGCGACAUCCACGUUCCCGCCGUGAUCCUGAAGACCUUCCUGUGAGAGCUGCCCCAACCACUGCUGACCUUCAGGGCCUAUGAGCAGGUUCUCGGGAUCACCAGUGUGGAGAGCAGCCUGCGGGUGACCCGCUGCCGCCAGAUCCUGCAGAGCCUUCCAGAACACAACCGCACUGUCCUCAGCUACCUCAUGGGCUUCCUGCAUGAGGUGUCCCGGGAGUGCAUUUUUAACAGAAUGAACAGCUCCAACCUGGCAUGCGUCUUUGGGCUGAAUUUAAUCUGGCCAUCGCAGGGGGCGUCCUCCCUGAGCGCCCUCGUGCCUCUGAACCUGUUCACCGAACUGCUGAUCGAGUACUACGAGAAGGUCUUCAGCACCCCUGAGGCACCCGAGGCCCGUGGGGAGCUCAGCGCCAGCACCCAAGGCAGGUGAGCGGGGCGGCCCCUUCACCAGAGGCGGUG